CCAGCUUCCACAUUUGUAGUAGUGGCGUAUCAUGACAAAAAAUAUAUAAGGUUUUUACCUUUUUAAAGUUUCAUCUUCAUCUGGAAAAUGCAUACAAUUAAUAACGAUGGAAUCGUUUCAUUUUCAUCCCAAACUGAAGAAGAAGAAGAAGACGAGAUGAGAAACAUUCACUUUAACAAAAAAUCUCAGGCAACCAUGAAGCAAUCGCAGUGUGUUAUUCAAAGUUCACUCCCUGACGAUAUUGCCCUCAAGAUUGCUUCAUUCCUUGAGGAACCAGAAGUGUGUGCUUUGGGAAGUUGUUCAUGGUUUUGGAGAAACUUAUGCGGGUCGGAUUGCAUAUGGGAAUCUCUUACAAGACAAAGAUGGCCAAUUCUGUCAAUGUUCAAUGAACCUUCUGUAACUGGAUGGAGGAAAUUAUAUAUGAAACGGCAUCAUGAGAUGGCAAGUGGAACAAGUGAUGUGGUUAAGUAUGUGGAGCAAUGCAUGCGAUCAGAGUCACUAGAGGUUGGAGAUUAUCUACAUGCAAUUGAAAACCUAAACGCUAUACAGCUUGGAUUCAAAGAUGUGCAGAUGUUUCUGUUUAAGCCGAAACUGAAUGUGUUGCUUAACUUGGUCGGCUUGCACUACUGCAUUUUCUGGCUUAAAAUGCCGCCUGAGAUUGUAAUGGAAGCACUUCAGAGUUGCAAGAUUUCAGAGCGUCAAGUGUGCGUUAAAUGGUGGAAGCUUGGCAGAUGGUUCUAUGGCUUCCGGAUGCGAGAUGAGUCUCGUUCCCGUCGGGUCUCUCUGGCAGAUCUUGCAAUGACAAAAGAAGCAGAGGUUCUAGGAGUGCUUCACCGUGGUGCCAUUCAUGAGGUUUUACGAGUUCAGAUCUCUUUUGUUAAUCCUUCACGCACUCCAUGGUGUUGUCAAAGCUCCCAGGCUCUGGGUUAAAAACGUUAUAAUGAUGCACAUAUGUACAUAAGCUUCUGUUAUCAUUGUAUAGCUUAUCAGAAAACCGUAUUUCAAGGAUUUGUGUAUUUAUUUCAUAAAUCAUAAAAAAUAUAGCAAAUUGUAACAUAUUAAUGAUCUUUGAAAUGCCAUAUCCGAAUAAAGUUUGUUUGAAAUUUGCAGUGUGGACUUAUAGUUAUAGCAGUUAGUUUGGCAUACUUCUUAGGGCAGUCAAA